UGAUCAAGGAAGCUAAACAUAGAGACAGAGAGAAGAGCAAGCAAAAAAAGGGCAUUUUGCAAAUAGUUCUCUAUUAGCUAGAGAAGGGUAAAGGAGAGUAGAGUGUUAAAAAAAAAAAGAAAAAAAUGCCAAUUUACAGAAUAGCUGUGGGGACGCCGAGAGAGGCGAGCCACCCCGACGCUCUCAAGGCGGCGUUGGCGGAGUUCAUCUCCAUGCUCAUUUUUGUUUUUGCAGGAGAAGGGUCCGGCAUGGCUUUCAAUAAGCUGACGGAUAACGGGUCGACCACUCCGGCUGGGCUUGUAGCUGCAGCAUUGGCUCACGCGUUCGCUCUUUUUGUGGCGGUUUCGGUAGGUGCAAACAUUUCAGGGGGUCAUGUGAACCCUGCUGUGACAUUCGGUGCCUUCCUCGGUGGCAACAUAACACUGUUGAGAGGCAUUCUGUAUUGGAUUGCACAGUGUUUGGGUUCAAUUGUCGCUUGCUUGCUUCUCAAAUUUGCCACUGGUGGAUUGGAAACAUCUGCAUUUUCCCUCUCGAUUGGCGUCUCCGUAUGGAACGCAUUAGUCUUCGAGAUCGUGAUGACAUUCGGCCUAGUCUAUACUGUCUACGCCACGGCAGUUGAUCCGAAGAAGGGCAAUGUGGGGAUUAUAGCACCAAUCGCAAUUGGUUUCAUUGUGGGUGCAAACAUUUUAGCAGGUGGUGCCUUUGAUGGUGGGUCCAUGAACCCAGCAGUGUCUUUUGGUCCAGCCGUGGUCAGCUGGACAUGGGCCAACCACUGGGUCUAUUGGCUCGGACCACUCAUUGGAGCUGCCAUUGCAGCCCUUGUCUAUGAUAACAUCUUCAUCGGUGACAAUGCACAUGAAGCACUACCCACCGCGGAUUAUUAGAAAAGUUUCUAGGUGCUCUUUGAUUUCUUGAUGCAAAAUCAUGUUUUAGUUGUUUUGUGUUGUAAUUUUCUCUUCCUUUUUUAUUUAAGGAGGUAGGUGUGUGUUUAUUGGUUGUUGUUGUUGCUCGAAUCAAUGAAAAUGUCUUGUUUGUUUGUUUUGCUAUUAUAUAUUAUUCCAGUUUUUCUC